AUGGCGGACGCCGACGAGCCCCUGCCGACCGUGCAAGCCAGCGAUCCGACCAAAUCCAAUGGCCGCCCGUCAGAAGACGCAAAAGAUGGCGCCCUGCCAACGCGAAACUCCUCAGAAGGAGACAACAAAUUUCAGUCGGCAGUCACCGCAUGGCGCAGUCUGAACCUUUCGAAACUCGUUCGCGAUCUCGAUCAUACCGCCGAAGAAAUGGUGGAUCAACAGAAGGAGUCUCUCGUCCAGCGCAAGGACCUGGCACAGAAGACCAAAGACUUCCGCAAGCUCGACGAUGCGAAUAAGCUCGGACAGAUCAAAGACUUGCUCAAAGCAUACCAAAGCUAUAUCGAUGUUGUCACAACGCACAACAAAAGCAUCACUGCUGCGUUCAUGCAAGCUUAUUCGCCCUUGGCCGAAGCACCCGAUCCAUAUCCGUUAUUGGAGGCGUCGAUCGAUUCUCUGAUCACUGCUGAUGAAGUGGUGCCGAAACUGGAGUCGGAAAAUGAGAGCCUGCGUGUGCAGAUCAGCGCACUCAACGAGCAGCUCGAGGAAGCCGAUCAACGCACAGAAGACGAGAGAAAGAAAAGAGAGGCACUUUCUGGUACUCAAGAUGACCAAAUUAAGCAAGUUGAACAGUCAUGGCAAUCUGUCUUGCGCGAGAAAGAGGACAACUGGACUGCGAAGGAGCGAGGACUCGAAAGUAAAAUCGAGAACCAGGACCGCUUGCUGAAGGAGCUGAAGGCCAGCUAUGAAGUCUCACAAAGAUUAGAAAUGUCAGGAGAUUCAGGACAAAAAUAUGACAGGAAUUCCGGCUCUGCUGCGGAACUUGAAAUCAUCAACUCAGAGUUGGAGCGGACAAGCCUCCGUUUGGUCGAGGUCGAAGCUCGUAACGAACAGCUUCGGAUCGAGCUCGCACAAUCGACCAGCCAAUCCAGCGUUCGCCAUACUGCUGUUGAGGAUGAUCCUGCGUAUUUGCGCCUGCGGUCGGAGAACUCGUCGCUCCUGCGGAGACUCGACGCUGCUCGGUACGACAAGGACUCCGAGAAAACCGCCUUACAAAAUAAGAUUCGAGGAUUCGAACGUGAAGCAGCAGCGCUUAAGACUGAUCGCGAAACACUGGAAGCGAAAGUACAGAAGUGGAGUGACUAUGAGGAAGUGAAACGUGAACUACAAAUGCUCCGUGCCAUCGAAUUCACCAACGUUGAAAAUGGAGAUGCGGAAGAAAGCACCAACACCAGUGGCUCGGUAGAUGGAGUUAAGGGUGAGACUCUGGAGCAGCUCCUCGCUGCUCGCAACAAGAAAUUGAACAAUGAGCUCACUGAGCUCCGAGUGGCACAUGCUGAUCUCCAGAGGAAGAUGGAGCAAUUGCAGGAGGAUCUGUCAGGCACCAAUAUGGAUCUUGAGAAAGCACAGAUCCUCAAUUCGACCCUGGAAAAUGACAUUCAGAAGACACAACAGGAAAUCUCGAAUGCUUUCGAUACCAUGUCUGUCGCCGGGACAUACACAUCGCGUUAUCCGAAAUCGGUGUAUGGCAGUCGCCGGGGAGGCGCAACUUCUCCGACGUCCUCCAUCAUUGGCGGAUAUGAAGGUGCUGGGGCAAACAACACUCGAGUGCUUGAAUCGUUACGUUCUGGCGAAGCCCCAAGCAUUGGAUCGGCCAGUAUCUUACCUCUGGUCACCGCUCAACGUGAUCGUUUCAAGAAGAAGAUCAACGAUCUCGAACAAGAGCUGCAAAAGCAGUACCAAACAGUGUCGUCGCUUCGUACCGAGGUCUCCUCACUCCAGCGCGACAAUCUCAAUCUGUACGAAAAGUCGCGUUACGUGGCGUCUUACAAUCGCGGCAAUACCGGCCCUUCAGCAGCCGGAUCCGGAUCUACCUACAGCGCCAAUCCCAACCCCAGCUCUAUCACGGUAUCCUCGCCAGGUGGCAGCACUUCUGGUGCCCCGGCCCUCGAUCGCUAUCGGUCCACAUACGAGAACAAUCUGAACAGCCCCUUUGCAGCAUUUCGUGGCCGCGAAUCGGCUCGGGCUUUGAAGCGGAUGGGCUGGCCGGAACGCGCAGUAUUCCAGGCAACACGACUCUUGCUUGCGACACGGACUAGCAGAAAUCUUUUUGCGGCGUACUGCAUUGCCUUGCACAUUCUAGUCUUGGUCAUGCUCUUCGGCAUGGGCCACACAACGCCUACCAUGGUCAACAGGGUUGCGCCUUUUGUGCCCGAUUCUGGCAGUGUUUCGGAUGAUCACUCGCCAACCUGGGACGAAGAGAUCCAUUCAUGA